AUGCCUGCCACCAUCAAUACCUCCAAGCCGCUGCCUGUGUACUUCAUCGGCCAUGCUGGUGUUGGACUGCUCUUCAAAGAGAGCGAAAAUAAUCUCACAGUACAAAGUAAUUUGAGGGCGAUCGGCGAUGAGAUUUUGGAAAUAUCGCCGCCUCCAAAGGCAAUUUUGGCUUUCAGUGGACAUUUUGAAGCUGGCGAGAUCCAUGGCCCCAAUGUAAUUGAGGUCAACGUUAAGAACAAUACAUACAUCCAACACGAUUUUGUCAACGACUUUCAUGACACUCAGCCAUUUGUCUACGAAUACGACUGGCCUCAUCAAGAUGCUCCUGAGCUAGCGGUGGAUGUGUGGAAUCAUCUGCGUGAAGCGGGUAUUAAGGCAAAGAGAGUAGAGCGCGGUGUGGAUCACGGUAUUUGGGUGCCUUUCAAGGUGAUGUUUCCACCUGAGAAACCGCUCGAGGUGCCUGUUGUUCAGGUAUCCACAUUCCAUGGCUAUGACUUGGAAAGCCAGAUUCGCCUGGGUGAGGCGAUAAGAUCCCUGAGGUCCGAGGGAUAUCUCAUUAUAGGGUCUGGCAUGGCUGUACACUCCUUCGCAUCGAUCGCAGAGAUUUUCCAAGCAGGACCAGAGAGAGAAAACGUCGUCCGAGAAAACGUCCUGACCGAGUCACGGAAAUUUGACACAGAGCUCAGGAACGCCGUGACAAAGCGAAAUGCCGCUGAAAGAAAGCAGGCUUUGCUGAAGCUGGAGUCACUGCAGGAGUUCAGGCGCUCCCAUCCUACUGUUGAGCAUUUCACGCCUCUUCUUGUAGCGGCUGGAGCUGCCGGGGACUCAGACGUUGAGCCCGUCGGUAAAGACAUUGUCGAGCCGGGCAUGUCAUAUCUGAAUAUCCGAUUCAUUUAA